CCCGCCCGUCUGGAGGAGAGCGUCUCCACAGCUGCCCGGAUGUCUGCGCUGCUGCUCCGAGCCCUAAGGGUCGUCUGCCAGCCGCUGUGGCUGCUGGCCUUGCUGGCGCUGUGCCCUGCGGCCUGGGCUGACUGUCCUUGCGGGGACACUGCGCUCUGCCGCCCGAUCCGACACCGCCCAGACUUCGAGGUCUUUGUGUUUGAUGUUGGGCAGAAGACUUGGAAAUCUUAUGACUGGACACAAAUUACAACUGUGGCAGCUUUUGGAAAAUAUGACUCAGAACUCAUGUGCUACGCGCAUUCAAAAGGAGCCAGAGUAGUGCUAAAAGGAGACGUACCCUUAAAGGACAUCACUGAUCCUAGUUUCAGAGCAUCCUGGAUAGCACAGAAACUUCACUUGGCCAAAACACAAUAUAUGGAUGGAAUCAAUAUUGACAUAGAGCAAGAAGUUAAUUGUUCAUCACCUGAGUAUCAUGCAUUAACGGCUCUGGUCAAAGAAACCACAGAGUCUUUCCAUCAGGAGAUUGAGGGAUCCCAGGUAACCUUUGAUGUAGCUUGGUCUCCGAAGAACAUAGACAGAAGAUGCUAUAAUUAUACUGGAAUCGCAGAUGCUUGUGACUUUCUCUUUGUGAUGUCUUAUGAUGAACAAAGUCAGCUUUGGUCAGAAUGUAUUGCAGCAGCAAAUGCUCCCUAUAAUCAGACAUUAUCUGGAUAUAAUGACUACAUCAAGAUGGGCAUUAGCCCUAAGAAACUUGUAAUGGGUGUGCCUUGGUAUGGUUAUGAUUACGCCUGCCUGAACCUUUCUGAGGAUCAUGUUUGUACCAUUACAAAAGUCCCUUUCCGGGGGGCUCCUUGUAGUGAUGCUGCAGGACGACAAGUGCCCUAUAAAACGAUCAUGAAGCAAAUAAACAGUUCUGUUUCUGGAAGCCAGUGGAAUGAAGAUCAGCAGGCUCCUUAUUAUAAUUAUAAAGAUCCUGCUGGCCAUUUUCAUCAAGUAUGGUAUGAUAACCCUCUGAGCAUUUCUUUAAAGGCAUCAUAUAUACAAAACUCUGGUUUACGGGGCAUUGGUAUGUGGAAUGCAAACUGCCUUGACUACUCUGGAGAUGCAGUAGCCAAACAGCAAACUGAAGAAAUGUGGAAAGUCUUAAAGCCAAAAUUGUGACAGAGAUGAAGAUCUGCUGUCAAACUAUUAAGAUAUAGAAAACUGACCUACAUAAAUAAAUCUAGUACACUAUCUUGAAGAGAUAAAAAAUUAAUUUUUGUCAUGUUGUUGUAAAUAAAAAAGGAUUAAAAAAUAAAGAAGUGCUCUGA